AUGGAAAUUCAACCCAACAAGAGAACCAGAAAAGCAACUGACAGAUACCAACCUGAGGUGAACUUGCUGGGACAGCGAUAUGCAUUGGAAGGAAACACAUUGCAUGGUGACACCAUUUCCUACCAUUUCCCAGAACAUCAUGUCUAUGCCCUAUCUGUUCUCUUUGAUGAACCAAUUUCUCCGGAGAUUUACAAGGCUUCCAAAUCCGAUCCGGACACCAUGACUUUGGAGCAAGCCAUGGCAGACACUGAAAAUUAUGAUCGAUGGGAUGCGGCCUUAGAAAAGGAGAUUAGGGACUUGGAGGACCAUGGCACUUGGGAAGAGGUACCCAUUGGUGAGGCUCAGGGAGAAGUUGUGCCUGUGAUGUAG